UUAAUAAUUUGUGUCGUGCUGUGUCUGUGCAGAACUCUAGGCAGUGCUGUUGGGCUGUGCGGAGCGCGAUCUGACGCGCGGCUGCUGCUGUUGCUGUGAACCGCAGGGAUGUGAGACACGCGCCGGAUACGCGAGGAGAGAAGACACAGACAGGUCUCUUGACAACGUUAUAAAAAAACAGGACGCCUCCUCCCUGACCUGAUUCACCGCCUGUGAAGAAGAGGAGGCGAGUAGCAGGUACUAUGCGGCCGCGCUGUGCGUGCGCUCUGAGCGCGCGACGAUGUAAAAGGCAGCGCGUGCGGAUUCUGCGGCAGCUGUGAUCGGGAAUAACUGGGAUAGGAAAACUCAGUGAGGCAUGGAAAAGCACGCUGAUCACUGAGCAAAUAAUCAUCCAGACAAUCAUUCGCAGACGUGUUCACUGUGUGCGCCCCCAGGCGCUCCGUUCUUCGAUCGAUUACCACAGAAGAGACACACAGAGCAUUUGAAUGCGAACGGGUGCGUGCGGUGCAAGUGAUUCCGUAGUUUCUGCCCUGCUCCGUUCAACGCUGCUGGGAAGACAUUACAGCCAGUCGAUGGUGGAGCCUGAGCCGCACAUAGCUGUCAAGUCCAAAAAUGCAGUCAACAGAUAUAUUUCAACAGUUCAGCAUGUGAAAACAAACCUCAACACAAGUUCUUAUCGUGUGAACCGUAUGGGUGGAGAGUGACCUCAGAGCCUCUAUUAUUUCUGUUGCUCAAUCAGCCAGAUGGGAAAACAAGGGAAUUCUGACGCUACACUUGUUGCCAGUGCUUGAAUCCAAAAAGUGAAGGAAUUUAAACUUACAGGAACUGAGCUAUAUCGGCUCUGAAUGAAGUCUGUGUGCUGCUGGUUUAGAAUGUUGUCACGAUAACAUCAGCCUGACUCCGCUCUGACUUCGGCAGGUGGGAGCCCAGGGGUCAGUCUGUGAGUGAGGGCUGAGUCAGGAGUGAAUCAGCGCUGCUUUUGAUUGACGGACAGCUCGGUGGGAAACAAGGCCUCGGGAGAGCGAGAGUCCGAUAACAGGAGUGAAAGCGUCGCAACGGCAGUAUCAUCUUUCAGUCUUUACUGCCACUCGUCUUUCACAACAUGGCCUCUACGGUAGCACCGCUCUCCUCUGUCGCUGCCUCUUUGGGGACGUAGAAAGACACGGGACACACGGACAUAUUCUUACAUACUGCUGCAGAGGAAAGCUGGGGAAGUGUCUUCAGACUUUAAGGUCCUUAAUAGAUAAACAAACUGUGUUAAACGUCAGUACCAUCACAACUACUGUUUCCUGGUUUGGGAAUCGUCUUAGUGUUUCAAAGGGACUCAUAGUACCAUGAGCGUUUUAGGAAGGUGCGUUCUCUGAUUUUAUAUGUUCCUGUGUGACAUCGAAGGCCAAUGCGUGUGGCUCGAGAGCCCAUCAUGGCCAGGCCGCUGCUGAAGAUCCACCGCUAUUUCCGGCGUAAACCGAUACGCUUUUUCUCUUUCAUCCUCCUCUACCUCACCGCUGGCAGUCUUGUUUUCCUCCACUCCGGCUUCUCCAGCGAUACUUCCACUACUGGAGCUUCUGGAAGCGGCCGUGACCCACUUAUAUCUGAAGGUGGGGGCGGCACAGGUGCUGGGAGCUCUACCUCUGAUGCUCUCGGGCUCCUAGGAAGAGUGUUUAAGGAAACACGGAGAGCCCCCCGGAGAUUUAGACCACCGUGGAUGAAGGAAAAUGGGGCACAGGAUGCACCGGAGUGGGCCAGAAGAGGAGUCGAUCGUACCAGCAGCUGGAGCCAUGGAGCCAAAGGAAGAACCACCAAAGAGAUGGACGAUGGGAGAGCAAAGCACAUCGGCUGUUAUAUUGAUGACACACAGAAACGGGCUCUUAGAGGGGUUUCCUUUUUGGACUACAAAAAAAUGACUGUCUUCCGUUGCCAGGACAACUGCGCUGAAAGGGGUUAUCUCUAUGCGGGUCUGGAGUUUGGAGCUGAGUGCUACUGUGGCCAUAAGAUCCAGGCACCCAACGUGUCAGAGAGUGAAUGUAAUAUGGAGUGUAAAGGGGAGAAGAGUAACCUCUGUGGAGGACCUAAUCGACUGUCCAUAUACAGACUGGAGCUGAGCCAGGAGUCGGCCCGCAGAUAUGGGAGUGCCAUCUUCAAGGGCUGUUUCAAGAGGCCAGACAACGUGACCCUAGCGCUUCCUGCUAGUGCCGUUAUUAAAAACAUGUCAGUGGACAAGUGUGUUGACAUGUGCACAGAGAAAGAAUUCUCUCUGGCAGCCUUGGCUGGUGAAAAAUGUCACUGUGGAUUUCCUACUCCACUCUUCACCCUGCAUGAGCGUGAGGAUGAGGAACUGUGUCUCCAGCACUGUGCAGGAGAAGACUUUGAGAGCUGUGGAAACAAUGACUUCUUUGUAGUGUACCAGACCCAAGUGCAAGAUAAUCGUUGUAUGGACCGGCGCUUUUUACCCACUCGUUCCAAACACCUAGUGGCACUAGCUAGUUUCCCAGGCGCAGGGAAUACGUGGGCCCGUCACCUUAUUGAGCUGGCCACAGGUUACUACACCGGGAGCUACUACUUUGAUGGCUCACUGUACAACAAAGGUUUCAAAGGGGAGAGAGAUCACUGGCGCAGUGGUAGAACCAUAUGUAUCAAGACCCAUGAGAGCGGCAAGAAGGAGAUCGAGGUCUUUGAUGCCAGCAUUCUUAUGAUCCGGAACCCUUAUAAAGCCCUCAUGGCAGAAUUUAACCGCAAGUAUGGUGGCCAUAUUGGAUUUGCCUCUCAAGCUCAUUGGAGGGGGAAAGAGUGGCCAGAGUUUGUGAAGAACUACGCUCCAUGGUGGGCAUCCCACACACUAGACUGGCUGAAAUAUGGGAAGACAGUUCAAGUGGUACACUUUGAGGACUUAAAACGGGACCUUUUUUCUGAGUUAAAAGGCAUGGUCAUCUUUCUGGGCCUAGAAGUCUCAGUGGACCGCCUGCUGUGUGUGGAAGGACAGAAGGAUGGGAACUUCAAACGCUCUGGUCUGAGGAAGCUGGAAUACGACCCUUAUACGCCAGAGAUGCGUGCCACUAUUGACGGGCUUAUUAAGACCGUGGACACGGCACUCAGAAAGAGAAACCUGUCUGGUGUACCCAAGGAGUACAGACCCAGAUGAUACUCAUCUCUUCAUUUAUGCUUUAUUUUUUUCACAACACACUUUUUUCCCAGCUAUACCCAUUUUUACCCUAGAAUAUGAAAUUGUUUAUCAUCAUUCUCUUUGAUUGCUUUCAGUUUUAAGAAUGGUACAGUAUUGCAGAAAUAAACUGCUGAAAAACUGUUUGCCUUUUCAUUAAUAGUCUACACUACAUAGUAAGACAUGGGCUUGUGCAACAAUUUGCUUUGAGUUUAAUCACCAUGGAUCCAUCUUCCUUAGGCCAAUACAAGUGGGUGCUCACUACAAAUUCAGUUGAGUCAUUACGGGAAAUGACUGUUCACACUUCUUAUAAAUGUGUCUGUUGGCAUCAAGACAUCCGGGACAGCUAUUUAGAUAAACCCAUGAUAUGUGUCUUUCAUUAAAUUGGCUUUUCCUUCGACUACUGGACUACAUUAUGAUCCCUUAAGCACUUCAGUCUCAUUGGGAAUAUCUGGACAGCGAUUUCAUUUUUAACAUCUGAACCCCAGCUUCCUGCACUCUAA